AGGGCCCCUUCAAGUCAGCAUUGCUGUUAGAGCUACCCUCUCAAAAUAUUUUAAAAUAAAAUAAAUACUAAAUCCUUUACUUAGAAUUACAAAAGUAAUUUACAAAAUCAGUGUAAACUUCAUAUGAAUGUACAGUCAUAUCGAUGUGAGUUUGUGUCAGGUAUCCUAUAAUGUAGAGUUAAAUAAAGUAAAAAAGUAAUAUCAAUUGAUAACAGGAGUUUUUCAGAGUUUAAUUGAAAAAAUAAACUAAUAUAACAUUGUGUAAAGUAAAAGAAAACUUUAAAUGUAAGUUUGUUUUAAGGUAACAGAAGAAGAUAAUGACAAAAAUUAUGACACUUCUUUCAAUAGAUAUGGAACCUCCAGUUUUAUAUAAUUGUCCAAAUGACACAGUUAUUGGAACAGAUACGGGCCUUGCAACUCGUAAUUACAGUUGGACAGCACCAACAGCUGACGAUAAUGCCGAUGAUAAUCCAUGGAUAUCCUCAAACAUCUAUUCACCUCACGUGUUUGAAAUUGGUGUGCACAACAUCACAUUUAAUGCUACUGAUGACUCUGGCAAUGUUGCAACUUGUAGCUUUACUGUAGAUGUCAGAGAUAUGGAGCCUCCAUCAUUUAAUGGUACAUGCCCUUCCAGUCCAUUAGAGAUACCAACAGAUACUAGAGAUGACAGACCGUUUGGUGAAAUGUUUGCAACUGUGACAUGGAAUAUACCAACAGCAAUUGACAAUGUGAAUGUGACGAUGAUUACUAACAGCAGUUAUCCUGGUCUUCAAGUGUAUUUCAAUUUGAGCUCUUUGUAUGAUCUGAAUGUAACAUAUAUUGCGUUUGAUGAAGCUGGAAAUAAAGAAUUGUGCAACUUUUUAGUGAAAGUCAUUGGUAAGAAGGCUUAUUACUGGGGACUCCAUAUCUAUCUACAAAUAAAUGUACAGUAGACCUAGUUCUUAACUUAUUGGUAGCCUUAUGGUACUGUAUUUUUGUUAAUUAUAUUGUUAAUUAUUUAUGCAAAAGGAAGGCAACGUUUGUUUUUUCUGAGAAAACUGAGUAAAUUCAUUGUUUGAGGUUUUAUCUUUAUUUUAUGAAAGUGUGAUAUGUUCUGUCAUGUGUUUUGCUUGUGUGGCUUGGUUCUCUACACUGACCAUAGAAAAUACCAAUAAACUACAUAAAAUGACAUAGGCAGUCAGUAAAGAUCAAACCUGUGUCUCAGAAAUUCAUGAAAAGGCUCUUGUAAAAAAACUGAACAAAAUAAUUGUAAAUGGUACUCAUCCAUUAAACUGCUGUAAUAAAAUUAACAAAUCAUGUCGGCUUGCCUGGUCAAAAUUCAGUCAUUUU